AAGUCUUUUCGUUUCUUUUUUCAGUCGCUUUACACAACACUUUAGCAACACAAAUUUUAACACUAAAAUACUGUACGAGCGGUUCUUUUAAUUAAAUUGCGAGCCGGAUUCCAUCAUGCGCGUCGAACUUACUCCACAGACGUGCCGGGUCUGCCUGGAGCCCAGUGCGCGACUGCAGCGCCUGGACGAGAUCCGUGAGGAAGGCGAGGAGACGCCAAACGAGAUGUUGAUCCAGCUUUUGGGAGUCUCGUACAGCAAUCUGAACGACAGAGAACACAUCCCCGAUGGCAUCUGCAAGUCCUGCAAGGUAGAACUCAACAUGGCCUACCAGUUUCGCGAGAAAGCGCUUCGCAAGCAGGGGGAGAUCGAGGAUUACUGCCGGGAACUGGGCUUGUUGGAUGAAUCAGAUGUGAUGGUGAUCAAGGAGGAGGACGGUUCGCAACACCAGUGCGACGAGGAGAUGUACAUCUUGGAGGAGACCACAACCGGGGAAGAGGAACACCAGGAAGAAAAGGGGCAGGAGGAGUAUUUAGAGGUGGACGCCAGCGAUCAUCAGGAGUGCAUUGCUGACACUAUUGAGUACUUGGAGGACAACUACACCAUCGACAUGAACUCAGAUCAGACCGAAAUCGUCCUGGAGUCUGAGAAGCAGUACGAAGAGACACCAUCGCAGCAGUUAGCGCUCCAGGAGGCGGCUAAGGCCAGUCUAAAGGCCCGGCGCGGUCGAGUCCGUCGUGGAUUAAACUCGCUAACCACAUCGGACGGCACUGAGAAGGGCGGCUAUAUCUGCGACGUCUGCGGAAACUUUUACGAAAAGCGCGGUCGAAUGAUGGAACAUCGUAGACGCCAUGACGCCAUCUGCCAAUAUGCAUGCGAACUGUGCGAUGCCAAGUUCCAGGUGCGCGAGCAGCUAAGAAAGCACAUGUACUCCCACACAGGCAGCAAACCUUAUAAGUGCAGCUUUUGCAGUCGCCAAUUUUUCUACGAAAGUGUUCUGAAGUCUCAUGAAAAUGUUCACCGAGGCAUCAAGCCCUACGUGUGCAAGGUGUGCGACAAAGCGUUCGCCUACGCUCACUCCUUGACCAAGCACGAGCUCAUUCACACGGACAUCAAACUGUAUCGCUGCGAUUAUUGCCACAAGGACUUCCGUCUGCUUCAUCACAUGCGCCAGCACGAGGAGACCAAACUGCACCAGAACGCCGUAAUGCUGGCGGAGAGCAUGAAGGUGGAAAUGGUGGCCGAGGAAGAGGAUGGGCACGAGAUCCGAAUUCAAGCUCACUGACGCAAUAAAAUGUUGUAGAGUAUGCUGCUGUUUAAUUUCCAGAUAUAAUCCCAUACAAUAUGUAGUACUAGUUCUAACGCUAACCGAUAGCGUAUUCAUAGUUGUAAGAAUGAACUUCACACGUAAAUAAAGGUUAUUUUUUUAGAAA